UGUGUGUGUGUGUGUGUCCUGUCAGGAGACAGUGCCUGUCAUUUCCUUGAUGCGCUCAUUGGUGUGUUCCUAUAACGUGUCACAACUUUUGGUGGAUUACCCCAGUUCUGUGGAGCAUCAUUAGGUGUUGAAGUACCACUCACGCUCUUUCAUCCUUGUCUUCGAGGUAUCCACUUGCAGGAACAAGGUCCCUGUGACUGGAACAGUUCAGGAACUGAAUGAAUGCAAAUCGAUCAGCAUCCAAAGCAACUCGGGGAACAACUUUUUCAAACAUGCUCUCUUUAAUAUUAUCGGAUCUUAAACUUGCGCCUGCUUCUAAAAUACAUAGUAUCCAUGUGUCUAGAGAGCCCGCCAACAUGCUAUUUUCUUCUUUCACAUUUCUAAUGUUUUCAUUGAUGACGUCUCUGCUGGUGAAGGGACUGGAGACUGCGACCACCGCAGGGACCACGUCUGGCUGCGCGUCUUGUGGCAUUCCGCCGAUGGAGAAGGAUUCGGAGCAGAGGCUCCUGGUUGAGAUCGCCAAGCAACAGAUCUUGAACAAGCUGCACCUGAAAGAGAGACCGAACAUCACCUCGACUGUGCCCAGCGCUGCGCUUAUCACGGCUCUCCGCAAACUGCACGUGGGGCGAGUCCGACCGGACGGCACCAUUGAACUUGAAAUGAAGAUGAAUGAUUCAAAAGAUCAGGGAUAUGAAAUAGUGAGUUUCGCUGAAAUGGAUGAGAUGGACACUACUGGUGCUCAGCCACGCCUCACCUUCCAGUUCCUGCAGGAGCAAGGCCACAGCAUUCAGGUGCUCCAGUCAGCCCUGUGGCUGUACGUCCACUCCUCUGACGCCCCUAACUCGGGUCCCCGCCCCACCGUCACAGUCCACAUCUACCUCUCCGGGCUUGGGGGAAGCUGCUCUAACCGCACCCUCCUCCUAGAGAAGAUCCUGGAUGUGCAGAAGAGCAACUGGUACACCUUCCCCAUUACACACACCCUGCAAGCGUUCAUGGACGGGGGCCAGCGGCUGCUACAGCUGGAAGUCACCUGCGCAGAGACCGGGGUAGCCGGGGAGAAUGGCGUUAGCCAGAACCUGUGUGAGCUGGGUAAGACCGUGGACAUGGCCCACCAGCCGUUCAUGGUGGCCCAGGUGCGGCUCCGUGAGGACCCCAAACACAUCCUCCAGAAGAGGUCCCUGCAGUGCGGAGAUGAUGUUACGGUCUGCUGCAAGAAGGACUUCUACGUGAAGUUCAAGGAUAUCCAGUGGCAGGACUGGAUAAUAGCUCCAGAAGGGUACCACAUGAAUUACUGUAUGGGCCAGUGUCCCCAGGCCCUGGCUGGGUCUCCAGGCAUCGCGUCUUCCUUCCACGCUACAGUCUUCAGCCAGCUCAAAGCCAAUGGCAUCAAUACAGCAGUGUCUUCCUGCUGUGUGCCCAUCCAGCGCAGGCCUCUGUCUAUGGUCUACUUCAACUCACAGCACAGCAUUGUCAAGACCGACGUCCCUGACAUGAUCGUAGAGUCCUGCGGCUGUACGUAAAGAAAUGGAAGAAAGAGAAAGACGAGACAUUCAGCUAGUUAUGCUUUUAGUCUGAGAAGACAAGAUUGAACGUGUCACACAUGCACAGACCGAUGCAAAUACAUACAUACAUACAUACAUACAUACAUACAUACAUACAUACAUACAUACAUACAUACAUACAUACAUACAUACAUACAUACAUACAUACAUACAUACAUACAUACAUACAUACAUACAUACAUA